AUCGGAGGUAAACCCGCCUACAGUGGGCUUCAGUGUGUAAGAAUGAAACACAACUUGGAACUAAUUCACCCUGCAAUUGGUGUGGAGGCAAGGGAGACUGAAAAGUAUUCAUCGAUCAGCAGAAGAUCAUUCGGCUAGGGAAGAUGAUGCAAACCCAGGUGGAAGAGCAUUUGUGCUCUGUUUUCCCCAAGGAUGAUGGUCUUUUUUCAGAUUAUUACACAGAAGAGAGCAGUUACAACUUUUGUGGGCAUGUUUUAAAGAUCACCCAAAACUUCAGCGCCAGUCUGGGAGUUGCUGCUCUCGUGUGGGAUGCCGGUCUGGCUCUUUGUCAGUACUUUGAGAAACAGAAGAUGAGUUUCUGUGGGAGGAAGGUGAUUGAACUGGGUGCAGGCACUGGAAUUGUGGGGAUUCUUGCUGUUCUCUUGGGUGGAGAUGUAACCAUCACAGACCUACCACAAGCUUUGAAACAAAUAGAGAACAACGUCUUGGCCAACAUCCCCUCUUCCUGCGCUCAUCGCUUCCGGGUCCGUGCCCUAUCCUGGGGCAGUAACCAUAGUCACUUUCCCACUGACUAUGACUUUGUUCUGGGCUCUGACAUUGUGUAUCUCCCUGAGACCUACACUUCACUCAUCCAUACUUUGCGACAUCUUAGUGCACAGAGGGCCACCAUUUAUCUCUCUUCCAAAAUGCGGAGGGAGCAUGCAACUGUUUCUUUCUAUGAGGAGAUCCUGCCCCAGCAUUUUCAGUGCCAACUUCUUCACAGGAAUGAAGAGAAAAAUAUUAACCUGUACAAAAUAACCCAAAAAGAACAGAGUGUCAGAGAGCAGUAAUAGCAAGAAAAAUCUGUCAUUUACUCUCAAGAUGAGGCAGACCGUCUGUAGGUGACCCUUGUAACACUUGGUUUGAAGAAAUAUCCUUAUCACAAGAUAGAAAAUAAUUCUAAUUUCCUUUUGACCCCUUUUGUGAAAACCUGUUUAAUUCUUGAAGUAAGUAGCAUUUCCUAGGAUGCAGUUCAAUGGAUUUCGCUGAUAGUCUGUUUCAAUGGCAACUUAGCUAAGUGGCUACUCUUCACAUCAGCUACAAGAAUUUAAGGGUCAUUUGACUAUUCAGGGUAUUGCAACCAACGCCCAUGCAGUUCAACCAUCCCUGGCUGGUUGUUUCUCCUUCUCCAACCCUAUCCUUGGCCUAAGGCGACUGAAAUUAAUAAAAAAGUGUUGUAACUGCCUCUUUGGCUAAGAACCUUGCUGUAAUAACUCAGAGUAGUCAGAUGUGUGUCUUUGUUAAAAAAACACAAUGGUUUAAUUUUAAAUAGCAAGACAUUACUGAGAGAGUGAAUUUGCAGAGUGACAAGGCCAGCUGAAUGAACACAGAUGGCUGAAACGACAUUUUUCAGUAUUGUCUGCCUGCUGCCAGUUAUUCAGUUGUCUCUCACAGUUGCACUUCAGCAGAGAUUAAUGCUGGCAGUACACAAAAUAUAUCAACAUAAAACUCAUUUCUCUGUCUGUAGUGAGGGUGCUAGUUUGGGAGAUUAGGUGGAAGGCAUGCCCUCUAAAAUCUCAAUGAAGUAGGCAGCAUUAAUAUGUGGAUAGCAUAGCUCAGGUGUCGAGAAUAUAUUGUGGAAAAGCACAGUGGAUGGUUUGAUAAAGGGGUGGAGAUCAGAAUGAAGCCCGAAGCUGUACUCACCUGACAUCUCCCACCACCACACCCCCCCCCAAAAUCUCCAUUGCUGCCGAGGAUGACUCUGUAUGAACACUUCUUUUUAUGUAUUUAACAUUUAAGUAAAGUUGUAACCUUGAGAUUGUAAAAAUAGGAACUCCCUGGAAAACUCUCAGAGCUAACAUUGAUAAUAAUUAUGUACAUUACCAUCUUUCUAAUCGAAGGAAGAUAUAUUUUGGAUGCAGAAAACAACAAAAUUAUGUACGUUGAAAUUAUGCUGCAGUGAGGAAUGUCAAUGCUGGAGAAGAGAAUAUUUUCCAUACUUGUAUUAAAUGGUUGAUCUUUAUCCAAAACAUGCUAUGAGCCUUGGAUCUUCACUGGCAGCUCACCUUAAGAGAAUCGAUUAACUGUCUGAUAUUGACUUUGCAUGCCUUUCAAUACUGUGCCUUAAAUCAUGCUUCACGCAAGUAUCCUUAAUCCAUUAGCCUGACUUUUUCUGUUUUACAAUGUAAUUUACACUGUCGGCUUUCACUGGGUCCACAAUAUUCAUUUCACAAAUGUCAAUUGGAAGGACUGCUUCCACUGUUCUGUGCUGGAUUUAAACAAGUUAGUUGAAAGACCAACUUUGUGAUGCAGUGCUAUCCAACUAACACUUGCCAAAAAUAAUUAUAUUUAUGAUCAUGUUUAUGGAAAUUGUUUUCAGGGUUGUUUCUUGAACAUAAAUAGUUCCUCAAAAAUGAGUAGAGUAUCAAAGUGCCUCCAAGCUAACUAUACCUCUUUCUCUGUACUGUGUAUCAGCAUUUUGUGUAGAUGCAGUUACCAAGUUUCUGUAUGUUAACCAUUUUGUAUUAUUUUUGCUUUAACUCCCGAACCAAGAAAGUGUAUUGCAGUGGCCAAAGGAAAACAGACAGCCAACCAGUUAUGCUUUGAAACUUGUUCAGUAUUUUUAGUCUGUAAAAAGCAAAAAAAAAUCAUAAACACAAUAUUUCAAA